GAAGCAAUGACUGUCAGGGUGUGGUUUUCUGCUCUCGGGCUGCUGGCCGGGCUCUGCUGCUUCAUUCUGGGGCCUGCCGAGGGUGGAAAAGUACUAGUUUUUCCCGUGGAUGGAAGUCACUGGCUGAGCAUGAAAAUCUUGGUGAAGGAGCUGACUCACAGAGGACACGAUGUGGUGGUUUUAGUGCCUGAAAGUGGAAUGCUGAUGGAGAACUCAGAGGGCUACCGGACUCAGUUUUUCCAAGUGCCCUACAACAAAUCUGAACUGGACAGGUCGUUUAAGCAGCUCCAGGGCAGCGUCUUUGUCAAGGCGCCGGCAUUCACAGACUUAUUUUUUAACGUAGAGCUUUUGGUCAAUUUUACGACAUUCCAGGCAAAAGGCUGUAGAAGUCUCCUCAGCCAGCCAUCUCUGAUGAGUCAGCUAAGGGAUGAAGGUUUCGAUCUGGUGCUGACAGACCCUUUCCUACCGUGCGGCUCCAUCCUGGCUCGUAUAUUUGGAAUCCCGGCUGUUUACUUCCUGCGCGGACUACCCUGUGACUUAGAUUCCAAAGCUAACCGCUGCCCUGUUCCUUUAUCUUACGUUCCCAGAUUCUACUCCGGUAACACAGAUGUCAUGACUUUCCCACAAAGGGUAAAAAACAAUUUAAUGGGGCUCGUGGAGUCUUAUUUGUGUGGGCUCAUGUAUGCCCACUUUGACGAUCUGGCCAGCGAGUUUGUGGAGGAAGGCAUGACCUAUAAGAAGUUGUUGAGCCACGGUGCUAUUUGGCUCUUGAGAUACGACUUUGUUUUUGAGUGGCCUAAACCCAUGCUGCCUAAUAUGUUUUUAAUUGGUGGUAUCAACUGUGCAAGGGAGAAGCCCCUGCCUGCAGAUUUGGAGGAGUUUGUGGAAGGGUCAGGUGAGGAUGGCUUUAUUGUUUUUACCCUGGGCUCCAUGGUUUCUAAUAUGCCAGAGCAGAAAGCGCUACAAUUCUUGGAUGCCUUUCGGCAGAUUCCCCAGAGGGUUUUAUGGCGAUAUACUGGAGUUCCACUAAAGAAUGUACCAAAGAAUGUUAAACUGAUGAAGUGGCUACCUCAAAAUGAUCUUUUAGCUCAUCCCAAGGCUAAAUUGUUCCUCACCCAUGGUGGGACCCAUGGUAUCUAUGAAAGCCUUUGCAACGGCGUCCCCAUGCUCAUGUUGCCACUGUUUGGGGACCAGGUGGACAAUGUUCACCGCAUGGUGGUGCGUGGUGUUGCUGAGAGGCUCAGCAUGCACGAUGUGACGACAGAAAAACUGCUGGUGGCUCUGGAUAAUGUCAUCAACAACAAAAGGUACAAAGAGAAAAUGGAAAAACUGUCAGCAAUCCACCUCGAUCGCCCAAUUCCACCUUUGGAUCUGGCAGUUUUCUGGACCGAGUUUGUCAUGAGGCACAAAGGAGCCGCACAUCUACGUGUAGCCGCACACGAGCUCAACUGGUUCCAGUAUCACAGCCUGGAUGUCAUUGGCUUCCUGCUUGCUGUGGUUGCAACUACGCUGUACGUGACUCUCAGAUGCUGCUUGUUCUUUACCCGCAAAGUUUGCACAAAGGUGACUGUGAAGAGGAAAUCAGAGUAA